AUGAUAAUUUACAAGCUGUCAUGCAGUUUGAAGAAUCAAGUACUGAGACUUGGAAGUUGUAUCAAGGUACUCCGGAAUGUAAGCAUGGAGAAACUGCAACAUGGUUAUUUGUUUCCAGAGAUUGACAGACAUGAGUUUAUGUACAAAGAGAAGUAUCCACAUGAGAAAGUGAUAGACCUCGGACUUGGUGAUACUACAGAGCCCUUGCCAACAGUUAUUACAUCUAGCAUGGUCGAUUUUGUGCAUGGCCUUUCAACAAUAGAAGGUUAUAAAGGAUAUGGACCUGAGCAAGGUGAAAAGGCUUUGAGGAAAGCAAUUGCUAGUGCAUUCUAUAAGGAUCUAGGUAUAAAGCCUAUUGAGGUUUUCGUAUCAGAUGGUGCUCAAUGUGACAUUACCCGUCUUCAGCUGCUCCUGGGUUCGAAUGUAAAGAGAGCUAUCCAAGACCCAUCUUUUCCGGCUUACGUAGACUCAAGUGUUAUAAUUGGUCAGACUGGCAACUUUCUAGCUAAAUCUGGCAAGUGAAACAUAGAGUACAUGAAAUGCGGGCCCCAAACGAACUUCUUUCCAGAUCUAUCUACUGCUCCAAGGGCAGAUAUUAUUUUCUUCUGUUCUCCAAAUCCCACUAGUCAUGCAGCAACAAGGAAGCAAUUAGAGCAAUUUGUCGAUUUUGCCAAAGUGAAUGGAUCAAUCAUUGGCUUUGCUGCAUAUUCAGCAUAUAUCACUGAUGAUAGUCCCAAAUCAAUCUAUGAAAUUCCCGGUGCCAGAGAGGUUGCAAUUGAAAUUUCAUCCUUCUCCAAGUUUGCGGGAUUCACAGGUGUCCGCCUUGGUUGGACAGUAGUCCCUGAAGCUCUAUACGCUAAUGGAUUUCCUAUUUUACAUGAUUUCAAUCGCAUAAUGUGCACUUGCUUUAAUGGAGCGUCCAACAUUGCUCAGGCUGGUGGAUUAGCAUGUCUCUCACCAGAGGGCUUUAAGGUUAGCUAAAGCCUAAAAGUCCCAAAGGGACACAUGCAUUUCAAGGCACCCUUGCUUUUUUCUUCUGUUUCAUGCUUAUAUUCCUGAUUUAAUGCACAAUUCUGUGUCUAGCAUGCUGUUCUGCU